AUGCACAACUGCUGCAAACUUGGACAAUGCUUCUUGUUUUCGGUCUCGCGGCUCUCGCCUGGCGCAAAUAUCCGAUGGGAGCGCGGUCAACCAGUCGGCGAAAAGGCAUCUGCGAACUUUACACAGUCCUUGCGAGACGAGGCCGGCGUCGCUGCCGAGGCGCCCUCCAAGUUUGUUGCGCAGAUGGUUAGGCGGAAGCCAAGACGCGGUGCCGUGAAGCGGCGUCAGGAAAAGGGCCGUUUUCUCCAGCCACAUCUCUGGGCUUGCAUCCACGUCCCCGGCAUCCCACUGGCCGCUUCAAGGAACCCGUGCAAAGCUUGGGUGUCGCGUGCAGCCAAUAGCAGGUGCAUCCGACUCUCGGCCAUUGCCAAAAUCGGUGGAGCCGACCGGUGCAGGGCUCAAGGAGAGGGCAGCGGCAGCGGUCAGUGGUUGUUCACACAACCCCAAGGCUGUUCAAGACAGGUCGACUCAGCAGAAGCGGCUCACUGGCAGGCUGAAAGACGGCACCUGUCUCAAACGACGAUCAGUUCGACAGUGCUUGAUGACAGAGACACGGUUGUCAGGAGUGAUUCGCCGCCUGUAUCUCAGGGAUCGGCAUUGCUCUGCAGCUGA